AUGGGAUUGAUCAAAGGGUCCGGUAGAAUGAGCUUUGCAGAGAUAGUUGUCCUAACUCACGGGGUCGAAAUUGUAAAUAUGCUAAACGAAGAGAAUGCAUCUCUUUUUAGUGGGUGUACUUAUUCCUUCUUUGACUUUAUACAAAAAUUAUCCUGUCAAAUUUAAUUCCUAUGCUAUUAUGAGUUAGUAAGUUCCCAUAUCUCCCCCAUUCAGAUGGUCACAUGACGUGCCAAGUUCACAAUGUGUCAGUUUUUUCCAUAAAUUUUCUGAGAAGCGGAGAUGCUUUAUGUUUUUCUUAUGAAGCUCCCGACAGGGUUGAUUCCUAUUUUCCUGAUGUUAACUCUUUUCCUGUAAAUUCCAGAUCCGUUCUUAAUUUUCAAUUGGUGUGCUGAUAUGAUGCAGUCCACUAGCAAGAAUCUGGAUUCAUUUUAUUGCUAGAAAAAAUAAAUCUCGAUAGUUUGGCCUUUACGGUCUCUUCAUAUUUUCUUAUGCUGUGAAUGCUCUUAUGCAUGCUGCUUCCAUUCGUAUUUCUAAUUAUGCCGAUUAUUUUUACUGUGGCAUUUGCAUUCCAUGAUUGGCUGCUGUAGAUGAGGCUCAUUCUAACCUCUUUCUACCUCACGUUGGGGUUGAUGUGGAGUUUUUAUUUGAUCUGAUGUCGUUUUAGAUACAUUCACUACUGUGCAUUUAUCUUUCUAUGUGCGAGUUCGUGUGUUGAAUUUGUCUUUUUACCGUCAAAACGAUGUUCAACCUGGGUUGAUUUUGGUAUUUCUUGUAAGCUUCAUGUGCUGAAUCUCAUUUGAUAGUUAAGACUAUUGGUAUGAAAAAGAUUCUGAUAUCCGAUUGCUCCGUUCAAUAUCAUGUUAUUUUUCACUGGACAUUUUCUUUAAUUUCCUCAUUUGUUCGUCUUUGCCGAUGUUCAAAUAGUUUUUAAGGACUUCCAAGGGUCUAAUCACUGUGGAGCUCUAUAAGGAUGGACCAUCUGAUGUUCUGGAGAAAUUCGUUAAAUUGUGGUAAACCUCAAACACUCCUGCGUUAACAUUCUCUAAUUUUCGUUGCUAUCCGAUUCUUUCUCCGCGGUUCAACACUGCCGGCAUUAGAGCUCUUUGCCGGUUUUAUGACUUGGGAUUUUGAUGAAACCAAGUUGGUAGAAUGUGGAGAGGGGCGACAUGCCGCGAGAUUAUUUAUGGCAAUUUAUGCCUAAUCUGGAAAUAAGCUUCCCUCUGGCGUUCCAUUCGGAAAUAAUUGAUGGGAGUCAUGCACCUCUGUAUGUGCUAAUGUACUAAUGGAUUGGAUACGAACGAAGUCGCAUCAGCACCUUUGUGAUGAACAUACUGAUACCGGAAAAGAUGAAGAUCCAUCUGCAGAGAGUCAUGGACACCGCCUCGCCUGUUGCUUUCCCAAAAUACAUCUGAAAUCCAUUCACUCCCUGGCUCGUCUGCAACUGCUUGGCUGUGUCCAUGAAUCUCUAGUUCUCCUAGGUUUUUCUACUCCUCUGCUUUGUCUCACUGGUGCAAGUAUGAUUCCUCUGAGACUGAGAAAUUUCUCAAGAAAAGCUUGCAAGCGGGGGAGUGACUGACUGACUGACUGACUCUUCAUGCUACGCCUAAAUAGUUCAUUCACUGCGUGUUCUUGUCUCGCUUUCUUCUCUUCGUAAUAUCCAAGCUGAGACAUUAUUUUACAUGCAGCAAGAAGGGAUUCUUCAAUGGGACGGUUUUCUAUGUCGUAAUCAAAAACUAUGUCAUCCUGGGAGGCAAUUUCCGGGCAUCUGGUACCAUAGAUGAAUGGGUUGCAAAGGGAAAAUCCCACAAUCAGAUCAAGGCGAGGUAAUGUGGCUUCAAAAAACGAGAUAAAUCGCACCUUUCACUAAUAUUCCUCACGGUGGUUGACUUUUUUUGUUCAUUUCGGGAUCGGGUUUUGAGCAUACACACACAGAUCGAGCUCUCAUUAAAUGGGUUUUUUUCCUUCUCUAUUUUUGAUUGGAUUGCCAGUCCAAAGCACGAGGCUUUUAUGCUUGGAACGUCGAAGGCUAAGUACGAUGAUAAAAGCUUCGACAUUUUCAUCACGACAACGCCAGUCUCGGAUCUAAGUGAAAAUCUUAUUGUGUUUGGGCGAGUUGUCAAAGGGGAGGACGUUGUUCAGGUACCCAUUACAAUCCCACCCUUUCCAACUGUAAAUAUGAAAUCAAAUUGCUCUUAAUUGCAUCUCGCAAUCUCUCUUUCUAUAUUUUAUGACAUGAAAGGCGAUUGGGAAAUGGCUUCCUUUUUUAAAUAUUGCCUUCAAUUAUGGAACAAAAAUCAUGCCUAUGAGCACUUACUCUCCACGAAUAAUGGCGUCAAAUAAUGAUUCAGUGCCUCUUAAAUAGGUCAACCCCUGAGAGAUCCUCUUGACCGUGCCCUCCACCUAUUGAGGCCAUCUGAAUAAUAAUAAUAAUAAUAACUAAGUUUUUGGUUUUGUUGGGUCAUCAGAGUGUGUGCUGUUUUUUGUCAUAAAUAAUCUAGAUUUCAUGUUAUAUAUUUGUUCGUAAGUUUGACUUUCAGAAUGCCCAUUUGACCAAGAAAAUACUGUCGCUGCCGUUACUUAAUUUCUUAGAACGAGAUGGUUAUGCUUUUCGAAGUGUUGUGGAAUAAACUUCUCCCCCUCUUCCGAUGUUCAUCGAUGGUUUCAGGAGAUCGAAGAAGUCGACACAGAUGAACACUACCGCCCCAAGUCGACGAUAGGGAUCAAAGAUAUCUCCCUGAAACAAGAAAUCUAG